AUUCCUAUCGUCAAAUCAGGAAGUAGAUACUCACUAUUGUGAUGUCAAAGAGUUCAACCGCAACGUGAAAUACAUUAAGUGUCAUUUAUAUUGCUAAAAUUCGUGGUUAUUUGAAAAUAUUCAAGCGGAAUGUCGUGCCCAUUCAAUCACUCUGCGGAGCUGAACCCCGCAGUGCUGCCGCUGGACUGGCUCCUGGGCACCUGGCAGUCCGAUGAGCCGGGAGAGGGAUCCUUCCCCUCCAUCACACCUUUUCGUUACACAGAGACUCUUCAUUUUUCACAUGUAGGACAGCCCGUGAUCAAUUUUAUGUUUAAUGCUUUCCAUGCUGAGAGCAAAAAGCCACUUCACAGGGAGUGUGGAUUCAUCAGGCUUCAGCCAGGUACCAACAAGGUGGCCUUCAUCAUCGCACAGAACUCAGGUCUUGUGGAGAUUGAGGAGGGGGAGCUCACUGGACAGCAGCUGACUCUGCACAGUACUUCCCUGGCUAGAACAUCUUUUGCCAAGCAGCCUUACGUUCAACAGAUCUCCAGGCACAUCCAGCUGAAGCCGGGGGGAAGGCUGGAACAGACGGUCUUUAUGGCACUGGAAGGACAGCCUCUGACGCAGCAUUUGCACAUCACUUACCGCAGGACUGAUUAACUAGCUGUCAUGUGGGAGGAAGAUGUGUUUGUGUCUGACACAAAAUAUUGAUGGUUUAUAUAUAGCAACCUGCAGCUGAUGCUAAUAUAUCUGUUAGGAAGAAUGUUAUCUAAAAUAAUAGAUGUGUUCCGACUCAUCUUCCCAACAAAACAAGCUCUGCAAAUAUUGUUACAGUAUAUAAAGGGGUCCUUUUGUAUUAUGUAUGAAAAUCUAGUUUCAGAUUUAAAUUGUUUAAAGUUUGUUCAUGGCACACUCUGUAUACAUUUUCUCUCCAGUUAAAAUUAUUUGGUAUUUCAUGGGGGAUGUAUUAAUUCAGUAAAAGAAACAAUGUUCUCUACCUUUAGAUAAAUUAACGGUCAUUGCUUUCCAGUAAUCAAGGAAAAUAUUUUUU